AUGGCCGCUGAAACCCCUACAUCAGUGCAUACCACUGCCACAGGUAUUGUAUUAUUUAGUUGAAGGGACAUUUUGUAGAUGAGUUGGUUAAGCAGGUUAUUUGCUUGUGUGACUUGCUAAAGCCCGGGUCAAACGAGAACAAAUGUUGAUGAGAAUUGACUGGAUGUCACGGCGCGCGUGGCGAAAAACUCUGAUCAACUAUCAUCAAAAUUUAAACCAGUUCAAAGUUGAUAAGAGUUUAUGAGAGUACAUGAGAGACAUGAAAGGGAAUCGGAUGAGAAACGCGAGCGAGAGUUGCAACUCUCAUCAGCUUUCAUUCUAGUUUGACCUGAGCUUAACACUGUCUAUAACACAGACGAUUUUUUCUGUCAAAGGGAAAUGCAUGUUGGACAUUAAUGGGUUAACCACAAUCUUUGUUUAUGUUGACGUUUUACUGGGACCAUGCAGAUGGAAUGAGGAAAAGCUGGGAAUGUGUUGAGCAUUUAUGGAUUUGAAAUAGUAGAUAGAACAUACUCUUCGUUUCUGUGAACGCGCUAUAAACGUCCUUUAUAUUUUAGGGUCGGUGCAAGGUAGUAGUUCCAAGUUGCCGGAGUUGCCGGGUCUGAUCAUUGGCUAUGUUACUGCUGCUGCGCUUGUGGUUAUUGUAUUUGGGAUCGUGGCAGUACUGUACGAACGCAGAAGACGUUAUAGAAAAUCAGACGACUGUAAACAGCUUUGCAUGUCAUACGUAAGUAAAUUGUACGCAGACAGACGUGUCAUUUUCUGUCUUAAAGCGCAUGGUUCAUACUAGCGGUUUUGUUUGCAAUUUUCUGUUUAUGACUGAUACGAAUGAAUGAACUCGUAUACGAUAAUAAAUGCAUUAAGUCUUUUGCAUAUCACUCAUUCAAUCACAUCCGCCAGGAGAAGCCGAAUUCACUGACAAAAUUGUAUGAACCACUCAUUUUAUACAUAUUUAACUCCAAAUGCGGUUUUGCGUAAUUUUAUAUUUUUCUGCCUGGACCCCAUUAUAAGGAGGCUCCCGUACAGUUUCAAAUAUAAUGUUUUCAACUAAAAGCUCAUUUUAAUUUAAAAGGUUAUAAGCUCAGAGAGCUCAAGCCUAGACCAGCCAAAAAAGCCAUCUAGCCUAGACCAGCCAAAAAGCCAUCAUAACGGAAAAAUAAGAACGAUGACCUACCGUGUUUAUUGCAGAAAGUACAUUAUUAUUACUUUCUAAAUCUUCUCAGAAAGUUCUUUGAAAAUUGCCAGUGUCAAAGUCGAUAAAAAAAUUGAUCAAUAAUCUUAAACACGAAAUGGUCCGUCGUAGAAGUACUUCUAUAUAUGCUAUUGGUAAACAAAAGGCUGCCUUCUUCUAAAUCUGUGUCAGGGGAAGGGAGGGGCAUACGCCCACGUCCUAUCUAAGAUUUUUAGAUUUCGCGCGUCGCUUUUUGAGUGUUGUAAAAUAUAGUGCAAGGAUAUUCACCUGCAUGGACGCUUUGCGUCUUCGGUGAAUAAUUUUUAACUAUCUGGUGUGCAGCAAAACACUAUCGGGCACAUCCCUAAUGCAAAAGUUAUUUCUAUAGUACUGACUUUGCUUUUUUCCAGCACUUACCGAUAUUGGACCGAAGUAACACGUUCUGGAUACCGGAGGGUAUAAGAAGUAAGUUUCAGGCCAAUUUCUCUAUAUUCAAGAUGUCCCAAACUUUACUAGAUAACAUAGUUAUCCUAUCGUCUUAGUCACUUUUCAAAAGAACCAAAGUAGCAUUUUUAUAGUAUUUGUUUUUAGAUAAUUAGCAAGCAAUUUUGUAUAUAGUGUGUACCCGACGCCCCUCAUGGAAAUCAGGGAAAUCAGCUUUAGCCGAUGAGGAUCAAGUUGUACCUACCAACCUACUUAUACCAACCCUGAUCAAAUCAGUUUUGGUUCCCAAGUUUGUUUGUAAAUAUUCCCAAUUACGUUUCUAAUAUUGGUAUAUUGGGCGUGGAAAUUGCGAAACCAACUUCGCAAGUUGCUUACUAAAGUACCGUCGUUCUGAACAAAAACGUGUUUUACUAGUAUAGCCAAUAAAUUAAGCGUAUUUCUUAAAAGUCUAAUAAACAAUUCGUCAAAUAUGUUGGCCAUAUUAAAAACGUAAUUGGGAAUAUUCACCACAAACUUGAGACUCGCGUUGUGAAAAGUGACGUCAAUUCGACAGUAAAUUAUAUGUAUAAUGUGUUCUUCUGAUGAUCUGCUGUUUAUCUCAUUCCAGCUCCUUCAAAGCGACCAGACCUGGUAAAGGAGAUCAUCACCACUGACGGGGGUGUUAUAGCGAUUGAGGACAUCAUACUUGAGAUAGGUCCCGGAUGUCUGGCCAAGGACACGGAAAUUGCAUUGAGGAAUGGUGAUAAGGAUGUUGCCAUAAAAUCCCUGCUCGACUUAGGUCUAGUCGUUGCUGCCCCACGUGUUGUUGAAUUCCUCCCAGACGGCUUGAAAUUCUUGAAACCAGCAGAUCUCACAAUCACAUUUCAAAACAUUGUCUCCGAUACCGAACUUUUUGUCCUGCAUGGCUCUUACAACCCUAUCUACCAGAAGACCGUUUGGGAACUGGUAACUAAUGGUAUCGAUGAACGCAAUGUGAAAGGGGUUUGUAACACGAAAAUUAACGGUUUCUGUUUUUACAUGUUUAUUUUGGCGACGCGCGGAAUGUUAGCUCGGAUCUUGAGUCAUCUCAAUCAUUCAUUUACAUGUCGUGCAUACGCCCUUUAUCGUAGACCACCUACAGUGAAUGUUAUAGAUAUUUCGGUCGUCAUAUUGAGUGAAUUUGUUGACAAGAAUGAAGAAGAAGAUAUUGAACAAUUAAAAGAUCAUCUCAAAGCUGGUUACGUUAAAGGAGAAAAAGGAAUGUUGAAGCGUAUCUACACAGAUCGUCGUCUCGAAAUGAGUUUACAUUUUCCUGGAGUCGAAAACACUCCCUUCUCGUUCAAUGUUGAUCAACCUCAACUGGAUUCUGUAGGUUUCGUUAUCGAUCAUUUUAAAGGAAUUGCAGUAAAGAGUCCAGUAAGUGGAAAAGUGAAGAUAAGCGAAGUAGAUCGAAAUAUCGAAAAUGAAUCAUUGUGGUGGAUAAAUAUUUGUGAGAUGGAAGUGGAGAUUAGAGUUGAAGUAGCUGAAGGUAAGUUAAAAUUUACCAGUCUUGUUUCGAACAGUAUGAGACAUUGUGUAUAAUUUUAUGAAAAGUAUAAGUCAUUCUGUAUAAUUUACUUAUUAUACAUGCAGCAUUACAAUAUAUGGCAAAUACGGUUAUCGCGGUGCCGGUAAUAGGUAGGUAAGGUAUUCUCGCCAGAUGCGAAGAGCUGCUCUGUCUUGAUGUGGUUAAAAAUACUUGACAGUAGAGUUGCGGUAGCCAGUAGUGACCCAAUUUUUCCCCCUAUGAAGUCUUUGGGACAUUGGGAAUGGGCACGAUCCAUGUCGAGGUGUUUUAGAAGUUAACUUAGCCAUUGAGUUCGUAAAAUACGUGUCAAACUUUGCAUACUUUUCGAAACAUGAUUAACCGGGAAAAAUUUCUCUUCAUUUUCAGACUUUAUCUUAUUUACUUUUACUUUGAUAAGAAGAAAUUCGAAGUUCUUAAACCGCUCAGAGUUGAUCAGAUUCCUGAUUGGCCGGUCAAGGGUCGAGUCGUUCAGAUCUCUGACCUAGGAAGCUGUCGAGUCGGGCGCCCCAGUAAGCCUCGAGUGAUAGUCCGAUUCUUGAUAUAAUGGUCAGAUCCGUGACUAUUACUCAAGCUGAAAUGUCUUACAACGUUCAACGAAGCUGAAAUGUCUUACAACGUUAUUCUUAGUUAGUCUUAUCUUAAAUAGAAAAGUUUUCAUUUUGCAAGCAGGACAAGUCCCUCUGCGCACCUUUGGCAGUAUCUAAAGAUCGGUUGGAAUAUAGUGGAGAAUCUAGCCAUAGCGACAGGCUAUGCAAAUGCAUGCUAUGAAAUUUUUUAAUGAUUUGCAUUCUCCAAACUUUUAGAAAUGUAUUGUCUUUAACCUAUUUAUUUAUUUAUUUAUUUAUUUAACCUAUAUUUACUUAACCUAUUUAGAUACUGGUUUAUUAGCAUAGCAUGACCACUGGUUGCGGUACAUGGCAAAUACGGUUAAAGAGCUGAAACACAUCAAUAUUUUUACUAUAGAGAGUCUUUCAAAUUUAACUUAAAGAACUUCUUUUUAAGCUUAAAGCAUGAUACAGUUGAACACCUUGAAUACAUUUUCUUGCCGGACUGUACUCAGUAAUAUUUCAAACUUUACUGUAUUUUACUUAGUGUUAUCUUUAUAUAGUGUGUUGGUAUUAAUCUUUUAUGAUUGCAUGAGGGCCAUUGAUAUAAUGUAUCUUAUCUCACGUCACAGCGGCCGUGUUGGUAGUGUCUUUAUCUUUCAUUGAAUUUGGCACUGAUAUGACCGCUGUCUUUAUUGCCUUUCACAUUCCUAAGAGAUUGGUUGCAACCCACCUAUUUAAUUUUUUUUCAACCACUUUUAUUUACUAAAGCUAGAACUAAAUUUCUUUUGAUAUUAUCAUUCGCUCAUUUGGAAAAAAAUCCGCUGAAUUUUUAUGUAUUACCGUCAUUCUCAACCAUUGAAUCGUUUGAAUUAUUUCAAUAAUUAUAUAAAUGAAGUUAUAUAAUAUAUCACAUGACCGUAUAUAUGGCAAAUAAUAUACCGUGUGUCCCCCAAAAAAGUACUCCGAUUUGAUUCUUAAUAACUUCUAAACAAGUAAAGCUAUCGAACAGAAAUAACUUGCAUUAAAUAAAGAAAGGACUAACAUAGAUUUUGAUAUAUUACAGUUGUAUUUUACUUAAAAAUUCACGGAGAUAUUAAUGUUCAAAAUCGGGAGCAUAUUUUGCGAUGCGUCUAAGAUUAGCGAAAAUCGGCAUAUCAAAUAUUAACUUCAGCGUUUGUUUGCUUAAUGACAUGUCAGGCUAACUUGUAUUUCAGCGAAUUGACGUUAGGGUUUGUAAGGGGAUAUGGCGUAGAUUUAGACAUCUUACAUGUAAGUUUUAACUCAUUGUUUCCUGAAAUAUAUAAUAUAACGUUCGAAAUUAUCCAAGUAUUUAAUAGGUCUUUACAAACUUAAAGGUACAUGCAUGAAAGACCAUGCAAGGCAGGCGCUUAAAUUUUUAUUAAAUAGCCCACUUUUUAUGUUUUUCAUGCAUGGGUUCAAAACAAAGUUGAUUAUUUCUCGGUUAGAGCAGGAUGGAUAUUAUUCCUUAAUGAAGGAAAUAAUAUUGCUUUUUGCAAAUACACAUCACAGUAUCAACGCUUCUAUUUUGUUAUGUUUUGUUCCAAAAAUGUUGGAUGUCUCUGGGGAGUUGCUUGUUAUGUCUUUACUUAUGGAGUUGUAUGGUUUGAUCGUGUUUGAUUCUCAGUUUAUUCUGAACUUGCCAAGAUUAAGAAAGGCAAAAGAGUUUGGGUGUUUUAACAAGAUUUCAGAACGUUGCAGAAGUUAGAAAAUUCAUUCAAUGUGAAGUUAGAAAAUUCACAACUCCAUUGCCAUGACAGCUUGCCCUAAUUCAAAACUAUACGAACGACCAUGACGAUCCUUCGCGAUGCAGUGGUCUCAUGAAAUAAGGAAAAGUAUUCGUGCUAGGAACACACGCGGAUUUCGGACAAAUAAAUCUUGCUUGUAUUUUGUAGAUAAUAAUACUUUGUUUCAUUGCUGCCGAAGGCAGCACACUAUUCUUAACAUGAAGUAUCGCGUUUACUUGUGCCCAGUCUCUUUACCCGAGUUAUGUAUUGUCGAGAUCUCGAUUUUGUGUCUGUCUGUCGGAUGUUUGUCGUAAUUCCAGGGGAAAUAAUUAAGGCUUCAGGAAAUUUUUUUAAACGAGGGGGGCGGUCAAACUUUUAUAUUUUGUAUUGAACACGAUCAAGCAUCAAGUUCUAGCUUUAUAUCAAUAUCAGCAGAAUAUCAGCAGUAUUAAAGCUAGCUUAUUUAUAUGUUCAUGAUGCAAAACAUCGCCGAUAUUUUCAGUAAUUCAGGUAAGGAUAGCUUUAUUUCUUUCUGGUAGCGAAAUUAUAUUUAAUUUAGUACGUAUAAACACUAUAUGAUUUACAUUUUCAUCAUGCAAAACCAGCUGUAUAGACAUGCACUUCGAUAAAAUACAUGAAGCCGAAGGCGUUUAUAUUUACAACACUAUAAUUUAAUGAACUAUCAGCAUGAAUUUAUCAUGAUAAACUAUAAAUAGUUUAUUUGUUUGUGUGGUGAUGUCCCAAGGCGAUGAGUUUUAUAGUGAAUAGUGUUUAUUCUACAUGUUAUAGCAAUGUGCGUUUAUAUUUAGAACACUAUAAUUUCAUGCAGAACUAUCAGCAUGAAUUUAUCAUGAUAAACUACAGUAUAAAUAGUUUAUUUGUUUGUGUGGUGAUGUCCCAAGGCGUUGAGUUUAGUGUUUAUUCUACAUGUUUAUAGCAAUGUGCUUUCAUCACGUUUUAAAAACAAGUUUACGUGGAAUGAUAUAGCAAUCCAGUUUGGAUUGUUGCCUGCAAGGGCGUGUUUUCAUUUAUUUAUAGUAGGGGUGAAUCUAGUAGAGCUUCGGGUGUAGGGUUAACGACUUUUUCACACAAAAUAGGAGGGGUGAAGCGAAAUUUUGGUGGGGUUGAAGUGUUGAAUAUUUUAUAAGACCUGGGGGUUAGAGAGAUUACAGGGGGAAGUUAACCAUACCUAACCCCCAGUAAAUCUACCUGUGGUUAUCUGGAAAUAUUAACUUACCAGCAGUUAAUACAUGUAAUAGCAUGUCAAUCGACUUUUGUACAAGGUAUGACAGUCUGUAAAAAUAUAUCUCUGAGAUAGGACUGGCCUACAUAAUACAGUCCGGCAUAUAUUCACCUGGCUGUGUUAUUACAUUUCAGGGUACACUAUAUUUUUUUCGAUAAUGCUCACAAUAUCUUUCUUAUUAUAUAGUUUUGAAGUUCUGACUGAGUACAAUCUUAAUCUUUACAAAUGAAUGGUGUCAUAUGAAGCUGAUGGAUUAAUUAAAUUAAACAAAAAUGUCAGUUGUUCUGCGAUAGGGGUAGUUUUGUAUAGUAUUUCUAUACAUGAAAUUGUUAUUAAAUUCUACAUGUCCAAUGAUUCAUUCAAGUAUUAUUAUCGUUUAUGUAUAUAAAUAUAUGAUAUUGUACAGUAUUCAGUGGUGAGCUAACCUGCGAUCAGGCCUAUAAAUAAAUAAAUAGGCCUGAUACAAACCUUAACAUGCCUUACAGCCAUAUUCGGUUGUAAAUCUGAUUGGUCUAUGAGACAAAAGAUUUUUUAAUCUGUCAUUUGAUUGGUUGGUGCUAAUUAGAUAUUUAUACUAUUAUUGAUGAUAUAUUUUAUAGUGGGCACAACUAUAAUUAGAUUGUUGUCGUUGUGUGAAAUUUAAAUUUCUCCUGCGACAUUUUGAUUGGAUACUAAAUAUAAACUUUGCUGUGGGUGGAAAGCUAUCACAUUAUUAUAUUAUUGUAAAAUAGAGCCUGAUCUCUGGUUAGUGGCGAGCUAGUCAUUGCAACUGGUCAUGCUAUUACGAAAGUCACCGAACUGUGGAAUCGCAUCAAAAAUUCGUAUAUCGACCACUCCCACAAACGUCUACGACCACGCCUACAUUCGACUACAUAGUUUUGCAUGUUUACAAUUCUAAUUUUGAACAGCCAAUCAGGUUCUUGGUAAUUGGCUGUUUAAAAUUAGAAUUGUAAACGUGCAAAACUAUGUAGGCGCGGUCGUAGACGUUUGUGGGAGUGGUCGAUAUACGAAUUUUUUAUGCGAUUCCACAGUUCGGUGACUUUCGUAAUAUGCCUAUGCUGAUAAACUUGCAUCUAUUUGAAUCAAACAAAUCAUUAAAAACUUGCAUAGCAUGCCCUGUUGCUAUGGCUAUCUUCACCACUGACAGCAUAAUUAUAAUUAUACAUACAAAAGCAAGACGUUAUAAGCAUUGAAGGUAUUCAUGCAAAACUGCCCAUGCCAAAAAAUAGAAUUCCUGCCCCCUGAACGCCUUAGGGGCUGUUUACAUAAUGCGGGAAGGUGGGAUGUUUUUGUUGUAUUGAAAUAAGUCACUGGGCUAAACAAAAGUUUAAAUGCUGGUUAACCGAACUCAAAUGUUGUAAAGAAGAUCUUGUGUUCAAGAAGAUUAUUAUUGGUGCUUGAAAAAACCUUUCGUUUACAAAAUGUUUAGGAAUGAACUUUCCCUGAGCCUCAUGUUAAUAGUAUAUUUUUUGUUCAAUAUAUAGACCACAGUAAGACUUUUUUAAAAUGUGUUUAUUACAUUAACAAACGACGUUUCGGAGAUUUACUCCAUCUUCAGGUAGUUAAUAGGAUUAAAAAAGUCUUACUGUGGUCUAUAUAUUGAACACAAAAUAUACUUUCGUUUACAGUUAACUACAAACUAUCUCUAGAAAAUAAUAAAGUUUUUGUUGAAUCGUGCACCAUAACUUCUUUCAAUACAUCGAAUUCAUCCGCCUCGUACUUGUCCUGGCAAAGCGGGAUCAUAUAAACAGCCCCUUAUUCAGCAAAUUGUGCAGGCUGCCUUUGAUCCCUUGGGGGUGAGGCAGCACUUUCCUUGCGAUAGUAACUUCUAGUAAUAAACAAUUUGUCAAGUGUCUCUUAAUUACUGGUAAUAGUGCAUAUUUCAAUCGGGAAAUCUUGAUUAUUAUUUGAUACGCCGUUUUUUGCAUAUUUCAGAUACAUCCAGAAAUAUGCUCCCGAUUUUAAACAUUAAUAUCUCCGUGAAAUUUUAAGUGAAAUACAACUGUAAUAUAUCGAAAUCUAAGUUAGUCCUUCCUCUAUUUGAUGCAAGUUAUUUCUCUUUAAAAGCUGUACUUGUUUAGAAGUUAUUACGAAUCAAACCGGAGUACUUUUUUUUGGGACACCCGGUAUUAUUUUGUAUUGUAUUAUAUUGCAUUGUAUUAUUGUAUUUUUUCCAUGUUAUUGUACUAUACUAUAUUGAUUUAUACUCUGCAGUGCUAACAUAUUUCUUAUUUUUAUUUCAGUGCAAGAAACUGUGCCAGACCCUCAACCAGAAGGUACAUUAUUGCCCAUUGGACGCUAAUGAGAGCUAAUGAGAUAAUUCAUGCAUGGCAAAAUUUAAAAUUUUUCAAAUUCCAUAGAUCCUCUAUUAUAAACCUUCUAUCCGUAUGACUUAAUUUUCAGCCAUAGAUAGGAGAGGGAAAAAAUUAACAAACCAUCCCUCUGUUAAUUUUUUUCCUCUCGAAAUUUGUUUGAAAAGGAACUUGAUAAAAAUAAUUAAUGUUAUCAAGAUAUUAUUGCACAUGCACCAUAGUAAAUAACCUUUCUUUCUCAUUUCUAGUUGUCUAUCGGACCACAAAACUCACAAAUGGAGAAAUAACUCAGAUGAGCGGCAAGAUUGGACUUGAUUGGGACAGCUUAGCAGGGCUCAUGGAUAUUCCGUAUUCUGAUCGAGAAGAAAUCAGAGUUGACCACCUGAAUUAUCUGAGCAUUAGGUCGAAAGCCAAAAAAGUUUUCGAGCUUUUUAAUCACAGCACGUUUUUCGAUCGUCAUACCCUUGUAAAAUAUUUCAAGGAACUGGGUCGGUACGAUUUGGAAAAUGAAUUGCUUCCCAUGGAAGAUCAGGUAUUUUAUGAUGGAGAGUUUUCUUUGACUCAUCUUUCAGUGUUAUAUACAUACUGGAACUGUUCCUCCCAUUAUUAAAUGUUCUUCGUUAUAAAAAAUAACUACAGUGACUCGUGUGUAUUUUCUUUCUUCAAUAUCGUUUUCUAAGUAUCACGCAAUAUAUUAGGCCUUUACUUAGAAAUUAUAAAACGCAGUGAAGUAACUUGCAUCGUCUAUGCUUCCUUGUUUAUGUAAGUUUCAUUUUGUUUAAUAAAAAGAGUGCAUGUUACCUUGGUUUAAAUUCUAAAACAACGGUAACUCCGAAAAUAAAUCUUUUAAUAUUUAUUUGAAUAUUAAAACUGUUUAUUUUCGGAAUUUGCCUGAAAACGUUGCUUUCUUGUUCUGGAUAGAGCGUUUUAUACGGUCAUCUAUGUUCCAUUUACACCUUUAUCAUGUUUUAGAGCAUUUUAAAAAUAUCUUAUGAGUUCUGGUGAGGAAACAAUGGCGUAGCCAGCCUAAUGAUUUGGUCCCACUAAGCAAAUUUCAACUCAUUAUCAUUAUUUAUUUCUUUAGAAAUUUAUUGUGUUGAUAGUUUAUAGACAUGACAAUAUUUUCAUAUCGGUAUUACAGAAUCAUCGGGUUGCCUGCGCCACAGCUAUGGGGAAAUAAUGUAUGUGCAUGUUGACCCAAACGGGAAUUUCCAAUCAAAAUUUCCCGUACUAUUUGCAUGAAUUCGAACCAGAUGAAAUUUUGUUGUUAAUGGUAACCAACCAAUGAACCAGAUUGUUUCUCUCUAAACAGCCACCUGUACUCAUCGAGGAAGAUUUACUACACACACCUCUCUCCCCACGUGAAGUGUCCAGACUUGGCCGACGCAUUGUGGUUCUGUGGGACCACCUCGCUUCUCUUAUGGAUAUACCCAGAACAGAAAGAGAUGAUAUUCGAUAUAGCCUCAUAUACAAUGAUAAUUGUGUUCGAGCCGAGAAAAUCUUAACCAUUUUCAACAACAAGGAAGGCUUCUCACGUGAAAAGCUGGCUCACUGCUUAGAAGAAAUCCAUCAGUUAGACUUGAUCAAACCAGUUAUCACAGGGGAGUGGAGAAACUAG